AUGUCCGCAGGUAUAACCUCACAGCAGAGCCAAGUCAAGCCUGUGACGCCUAUGACGCCAGAGACAACAAUUACAAGUGUCAAAGAUAACAACCUGCCGCAGGGGACUGCAGCUUCAACACAGCGCCUUAUAGCAGAGAAGCUUGCUCAGAAGGAAUCGGCGACUUCCCUUAAGCCCGACAUCAUGAAGGACAAGCCAUACACUGGUCAAUCGAUCGUUGGCUGGAGGAAGUGGGCUAAACGACACAAGAAUACCGCUUACAGCAGGUAUCCGGCCUGUAACGAGGCGGUCAACACCCACAUCUCCAAGGUACUCUGGGACUUGGAAAAUAAGAAGCCAAAAGCACUCAGCGAGCAGAAAGUAUACGGCGAUUUCAUGAAGGACUGGAAGGAAACCCAGUACAGGCAACGGCCGCCUUCGGCGCCACUGAUGGAGUCGAUCCGACUCAUCAACAAUGUCAGUCUGCCGCAGGACAUUGUCACCAAACUCGAGAUUUCUGGCUGGGAUGCGACCAAGUGCUGCGAUCCGACGUUGCCAUACUCCGAGAAGAAGCUUGCCAAAGUGCCGCCCAAUCUGAAGGGUUCCUCCAAGGACCCGGAUUCCGAGUUAGAAAAUGACUCUGAGGAGGUUGCUCUGGCACAAGCCAAGCAGCAACAGAGGGGAUCUUCACUGGACAUGGCCAUCACCUUGAUCGACGAUCCCGAAGAUGAGGAUAUUCAGUCCUCCGGCCAAUCUUCCCGGCAGGCUUCAUCUGCUGCAGAAGCUGUAAUCACCAGUCCCAAGAAGGCUUUGCCGCCGCUAGCCUCUUUUCAGCCCCCAAAGCCGCCACGAGUUGUUGUCAGCCAGAACGAGGAGUCAGAGGCUGCAGCGUCUGUCAGUCAUCAUCUCCAUGGCAUACCCAGCAUCGGAUCUGAGAAGGCAUCGAGGAUCGGUGGCGUCGCCAAGUCUGCCGAACAGCUGACAGAGAAGACGGAGUCGACCAACUUGUUCCAUCAAGACGACAACUCCUUGUCCAACAGGCCCCCAAGCCCUUACUCGUCCUCGUCCUCCUCUUCCAAGAGCGGGAAGCGAAUUGCCACAAAGGACCUUAGACGAGCUCUGCAUAAGGUCAAGAAGCUAGACGCUCUCUCGGGCAAACAUUCUACUCAACUUGAAGACCAAGGCGGUCAGGUCCUCGCCCAGACACAGAGACUAGACAACAUUGAGCGAGCUGUCGGAGAGCAGGCUAGCAAUUCCUACAACUUUGCCAUGGAACUGGAGGCACACACAACUUUCCUCAAGAAACAGGAUCUCGCACUGGCACAACUCCGCAAUGACAACCAGGCCCUACGAGCAUGUCUCCAGGACGUGCUAUAUCCCCUCGCCCAGGCUGUCAAUACGAUGCACAAGUCGACUAAGAGGGACAAGAAAACGCUUGAGGCAAACGCCAAGAGAGCCAAAAAGGAAUUAGAGGAGUUUGAGGCCGCGGGCAGGAACGCCGAGGCCGUGAAGCGAGGUACUCGGAAUCUUGGCCAGAUUCUGCGGGCUCCCCAGGGCGAUAGGAUGGACAUGGAUUGA